UAAAGGAAGACAGUGCGCAUGCGCGGAGAGAAAGGUGUGGCUGUGAGGGUGAGGCGCGUGGGAGUUGCGCGUGCUGCUGUGGCAUCAUGGCAUCUGUGUUGCAGAGGAAGAAGAAGGAGGUGGCUUCUGAAAUGUGGAAUGAGCAACUAAAUCUGGAUAACAAAGCUGCCCUUCUGGCAUGGGUGAAGGAUACUGGAGUCCGGUUGGUGCAGAUCAAUGGCCAGAGAAAAUACGGUGGUCCUCCACCAGGUUGGUUUGGCCGUCCCACGCCAUCUGGUACAGAAGUUUUCAUAGGGAAGAUCCCACAAGAUAUAUAUGAGGAUAAACUAAUUCCUCUUUUCCAAAGUGUGGGAGAGCUCUAUGAAUUCCGCCUCAUGAUGACAUUCAGUGGGCUUAACCGGGGCUUUGCCUAUGCCAUGUAUAUAGACCGGGACGGUGCUCAGAAGGCUAUCAGGUUGCUCAAUAAAUACGAAAUCCAGAAGGGCCACCAGAUACUUGUUUCCAGAAGCACCAACAAGUGUGAGCUCUGCAUUGAUGGCCUGGCCCCAUCGGUGAAAGAAGACCAGCUUCUACCGAUGCUACAGGAGCUUACCACAGGAGUCAUAAGCAUCACUAUACACCCAAGCCCUUUCAAGAAGCAACGGCAGCUUGCAGUGGUGAAAUACAUCUCCCAUCAGGCUGCUGCAAUAGCCAAGAAAGCUCUUGUAGAAGGUACUUUGUGUCUGUGUGGAGAUCAAAUUGAAGUAGACUGGUUGACUCCCAAUAUAAAAAACGAACUGCAGGUUUCCUCUGGCCAGGCUAUCCCGCAGAUCAUGCCAACCCGCUAUACUUGCAGAGAUGUUCUUAUCCAAGACCCUCCUGAGCCUGUGAACUGUCAUGAGUUACCCACAUUGGGUAGUAUGUUGGAUUAUCUAAACUCACUAUGUGAGAAAAAGCAGUUGGGGUAUCCUGAAUUCUUUACAAAAUGUGUGCAAAAGAACCCUGAAGGCUGGCUCCAGGUCUGGUACCAUGUAGCCAUACCCAGGUGCACAUUUCCCUUCAAUGGCUUUGUCUGGAUCAAGCCAGAUGACUCUGGUCUGGAAAAUGAUGAAAAGGUCAAGAAUGUUGUGGCAUUACAGAUACUCAGUGCCCUGGGGUGCCCAGUGGUGUAACUGGCGUGUGGCAGAAGAAUGAUUCCUGCAUGUGCGGACAGUUGUGUGUCCUGCUUUUUCUCUUUUAAGUUGCUCUGUGGGCACACUCGUUUGAAUACUGGGUGCCUGACCUCAUUUGUUUUUGUUGAACAUUGCUUCCUGUUAAGUUCUUUUAAAUUGCUUGGUUGAGUUCAUUAUUUAAGCAGCCCCUGAGUUUUGGAAGGAAAGUAUGCACAUUUUGCUUUCUUAAUAGAUCUUAUGGACGUAGUACAAGAUUACAUACAUAAUGUACAAAUACUAUGUAUGCAUGCGGAGGCCUGCACUAGAAGCUAAAUUACAAAUAAGUGGUAACUUAUUUGCUUCUUAUUGCCUGGUAAGUGCACAGGAGUACAACCUGGUGUAUUGUACACAGGUGUAAGAGAAGCUUAAACAUUCUUGGCUCAAUUGAGUUUUCCCUUAAUUUCUCCAUCUGGGUCAUAGACUGAAAGGGGAAAAAAAACCACAUGUCUCUACUUCCCUUGCUAAUGUACAGUGAUCCUAAACCAGAGCCCAACCAAUGCAUUUGCCAAGAUGUGAAAGGCGUUCUCACAUGGGGUAUUCAGUAUAACGUUUGGUUCAACCAUGAGAUGCCAGCUAUAGUCCAGUUUCAAGAGUAAGAGCUGUUUGUUUUCCUUUAUGUUAAAAUAUUCUGACUUUUGUUUGAAAUGUAUCUUUUUCUGUUUGUUCAUUUGUUUUGUUUGAAAGCUUGCAUGAUUUGCCAUAUAAUAGCUAGACUGCUCUGGGAAGAGAUGCAUGAAACUUACUGGGAACAACAUAAACCAGAUACUAGUGGCUUCUUCUUCUUUAGGGGGAGGGAAAGAUGUUUGUACUGAGUAUAUCUUCCUGUGUUAGAAGCCAGCUCUUCAAGCUAGACUGAAAUGUACAGAAUAGCAUGGCUUUGUCUCUUAUAAGCCCAGCAUAUCUCCUGCAUUGACCAAGUGACUUUUUAAACACCGGAAUCCUGUUUGCAAUGAAUGAAUGUGUGUGACUGAGGACUUCAGAGCAAAGGAUCUGUUGGAUGCCUCAAGAUUUUGCACUUUAAGAAUGGUUAAAAAUUAUGGAAAAAUAUGUAACAUAGUUAUUGGUAGUUUAAUAUUAAAAUAGUUUUGAAGUA